GGGGCGGAACGGAGGGCGCCGGGCCGGGCCGCAGGGGAAGCGGCGGCGGCUGCACGGCAGGAAGGAGCUGGAGCCGGAGCCGAUGGCGGCGGCCGCGGGGCAGGCGGAGGAGGCCGCGCUGGCCUCCUUCCUCGACAGACCCCAAACCCAGCGCUACGCCGGGGGCUUCAACCCGGAGAGCUGGGAGCAGGAAUUUGACAAGAUCCCCAUGUUUAUGAAGAAAUCCCCUGCUGAAAUUGAUCCUGAACAGAAUCCUGAUUUGGCAUGCCUUCAGUCAAUCAUUUUUGAUGAGGAUCGAUCUCCUGAAGAGCAAGCAAACACCUAUAAGAAUGAGGGGAAUGAAUACUUCAAGGAAAAGAACUACAAGAAAGCUGUAAUCUCAUAUACUGAAGGGUUAAAAAAGAAAUGCAGUGACCAAGAUUUGAAUGCUGUGCUUUAUACUAACCGAGCUGCAGCACAGUUUUAUCUGGGCAACUACCGUUCUGCUCUCAGUGAUGUGAGCGCAGCAAGAAAGCUAAAACCCAACCAUCUCAAAGCAAUAAUAAGAGGAGCUUUGUGUCAUUUGGAGUUAAAGAAUUUCCCUGAAGCAAUGGCAUGGUGCGAGGAGGGUCUGAGGAUAGAUUCAAAGGAGAAGAAACUUGUGGAAAUGAGAGCCAAAGCUGACAGGUUAAAGCGAGCUGAACAGCGGGAUGCAAGGAAAGCAAAACUGAAGGAGAAGAAGGAACAGUCUCAGAAAGAGGUCUUACUCACUGCUAUAAAGGAAAGGAAUAUCAAGCUGUUUCUUGAGGCCUCUAAGGAGGAAGAUGAAAUAUCAGAUGGUCUGGCUGAGAUGUCCUUAAAUGGACUGAGUUCUGACAGUACCACGGGCACAAAGGUCUACUUAGAUGAUAAUGGCAGUCUGAACUGGCCUGUGCUCUUUAUGUAUCCUGAAUAUGGGCAAACAGAUUUCAUCUCAGCUUUUCACGAGGACUCCAGAUUUAUUGAUCAUAUACAGGUGAUGUUUGCUGAGUUACCUCCUUGGGAUUCGGAAAGAAAAUAUCACCCCAGCAAUCUAGAGCUUUAUUUUGAAGAUGAAGCAAGAGAAGAAAUGUACCAGCUGAACACAGAAAACACACUGCUGCAAGUGCUGCAGCACCAAAGGUACUUUGUAAAGGCUGGGACUCCUGCUUUUUUGGUUUUAGUAAAGCGUUCUCCUUUCUCUAAGAAUUACUUUUUUGGCAAGAAGGUGCAUCGACUAAAAUGAGCAAGUGCAAGCACAAAAAGGGACGAGAGAAACCCUUGCUGUGGGCUGGAUUGUUCCUAUCCACAGAUAGGAACAAUCAGUCUUCCACCGAUAUAGUUUAAUAAUUUUUUCUACUUCAAUCAAAUAAACGUGACCACUGUUGGA